CUUUUUUCUUUUUUGGUUUUGUUCUUUUCUUGUUGUCAACUUUUGUAAGUCUAAUGGAAUAUGACGCUGGCCACCCUGUUACUCCCAUCGACUAAUCCAACACCAACCACAACAACCGUAUCUACAUCAAAGGAAUGGGUGUUGCCCCCCAGACCCAAAAACGGACGGAAAACAGGAUGCAAUAUCAAGAAGAGAAAGUCGAUAAAUUCAAUAAUUGAGUCGAAUCCCGAAGAGUCCAAGGAAAAGGAAAAGAAGAAUCCUCAAAUUAAUUUGCUAAAUAAAAACAUCAAGUCCAUCGACAAAGAAAAUUAUCAAUUGAAAAGUCAUUUGCUUUGUUUGAUUCAUGAUUAUAAACAAUUACGUCAAAUUGUAUUGAAUGGAGGUGUUAAUAUGGAUAAUGAAGGAAGCACCAGGAAAAGAUCGUAUCAUGAAUUGGUUGAUCCAAUGAAUGAUUUAAUAUCCAAUAUGAAUGGGUUAACCCAUGAUCCUUCAAGUCCUAUGUUAAGUGAAGAAGAUGAUUACGAAGAAGAUGACGAAUUUUGGAAUCGUGCUAAGUACGAACAAGAUGAUUUUUUCAAUUACUUAAAUUUCGACGAUACAUCAAGUAAAUUAGACGAUGAAAGUGCUAAAUUAUUAUCACAAAUUGAAGAAGAAGGUGAAUUGCCCGAUGAAGAAGAGGUCGAAGAAGAUAUCGAGUCUCCUAAUUUAUCCAGAUCAACUUCUCCUUCGGCAAUGAGUGAAAGCGAUGAAAAUAGCUUAAUGACCUCCUUGACUAGAUCAACUACAGUAUCCACCAAUAAUUCUUUUAUGAAUAUAAAUUCAAAACCAAUUUUAUAUUCAAAUAAUUUACACCUGCAACCUCCUUUCAAAUUUUACGAUUUGCCAGCUUCUACUGCGAAGAAAUCUUUCACUUUUGAAGAUUUUGGUAAAUCUAAUGAUGAUCUUAUGAGUAUUAUACAAGAAGAUAAUUAUAAUCAAGUUACCGAUUUCUUAGAAGAAAAAUUAAUCGAUAACAAUCUUAAUUAUUAUGAAAAUAUUAACCAUAAUAAUCAUUGGAAAUAGAUUUUCUACCAUUAGAUCUCUAUUCAGUUCUCCUAUUCCCCUCCCUCCUUC